AUGUCUCUACAGAGGAUCGUGCGUGUGUCCCUGGAGCAUCCCACCAGCGCUGUGUGUGUGGCUGGCGUGGAGACCCUCGUGGACAUUUAUGGGGCCGUACCCCAGGGCACGGAGAUGUUUGAGGUCUAUGGGACCCCCGGCGUGGACAUCUACAUCUCUCCCAGCAUGGAGAAGAAGCGGGAGCGUGCAGACACCAGGCGGUGGCACUUUGAUUCAGGGUUCAAGAUCAUCGUAGUCGUGAACUCUCCCAGCAACGACCUCAAUGACAGUCAUGUUCAGAUUUCCUACCAUUCCAGCCAUGAGCCCCUGCCCCUGGCCUACGCGGUGCUCUACCUCACCUGUGUUGAUAUCACCCUGGAUUGCGACCUGAACUGUGAAGGCAGGCAGGACAGGAGCUUUGUGGACAAGCGGCAGUGGGUCUGGGGGCCUGGUGGGUACGGAGCCAUCCUGCUGGUGAACUGUGACAGGGACAAUCUGAACUGUGAUAACCAGGACAACUGUGACCAGCGUGUGCACUGCCUGCAAGACCUGGAAGACAUGUCCGUCAUGGUCCUGCGGACCCAAGGCCCCGCUGCCCUCUUCGAUGACCACAAACUCAUCCUCCACACCUCCAGCCGUGAUGCCAAGCGAGCACGGGUCUUCCACGCCUGUGGUCCCGAGGACUCAUGCGAGGCCUACAGGCACGUGCUGGGCCAGGACAAGCUGUCGUAUGAGGUGCCCCGCUUCCACGGGGACGAGGAGCGUUUCUUCGUGGAGGGGCUCUCCUUCCCCGAUGCUGGCUUUUCGGGGCUCAUCUCCUUCCACGUCACCCUGCUGGACUACUCCAAUGAGGACUUCUAUCAGUCCCCGAUCUUCACUGACACCGUGGUGUUUCGCGUGGCACCCUGGAUCAUGACGCCCAGCACCCUGCCACCCCUGGAGGUGUACGUGUGCCAGGUGAAGAACAACACGGGUUUUGUGGAUUCGGUGGCGGAGCUGGCCAGGAGGGCUGGCUGCAAGCUGACCAUCUGCCCACAGGCUGAGAACCGCAAUGACCGCUGGAUCCAGGACGAGAUGGAGAUGGGCUACAUUCAGGCACCGCACAAGACCUUCCCUGUGGUCUUUGACUCCCCCAGGAAUGGGGAACUACAGGACUUCCCUUACAAAAGAAUCCUGGGUCCAGAUUUCGGCUACGUGACUCGGGAGCCACGAGACAACUCUGUGAGUCGCCUGGACUCCUUUGGGAACCUGGAGGUCAGCCCCCCAGUGGUGGCCAAUGGGAAGGAGUACCCCCUGGGGAGGAUCCUCAUUGGGGGCAACCUGCCUGGGUCAAGGGGUCGCAGGGUCACCCAGGUGGUUCGGGACUUCCUCCACGCGCAGAAGGUGCAGCCCCCCGUGGAGCUCUUUGUGGACUGGUUGACUGUGGGCCACGUGGAUGAGUUUCUGAGUUUUGUCCCUGCCCCAGAUGGGAAGGGCUUCCGGAUGCUCCUGGCCAGCCCUAGCGCCUGCUUCAAACUCUUCCAGGAAAAGCAGAAGUGGGGCCACGGCAGGGCCCUCCUGUUCCAAGGGGUUGCUGGCAACCAGCAGGUCAACACCAUCUCCAUCAACCAGGUCCUCGCCAACAGAAACCUCAUCAGCUACAACAAGUUUGUGCAGAGCUGCAUUGACUGGAACCGGGAGGUGCUGAAGAGGGAGCUGGGAUUGACUGACUGUGACAUCAUUGACAUCCCCCAGCUCUUCAAGAUGGAGAGGAGAAAAGCACUGGCCUUCUUCCCUGACUUGGUGAACAUGCUGGUGCUGGGGAAGCACCUGGGCAUCCCCAAGCCCUUCGGGCCCAUCAUCAACGGCCGCUGCUGCCUGGAGGAGAAGGUGCGCUCCCUGCUGGAGCCGCUGGGCCUCCACUGCACCUUCAUCGAUGACUUCACCUCGUACCACAUGCUGCACGGGGAGGUGCACUGCGGCACCAACGUGCGCCGGCAGCCCUUCUCCUUCAAGUGGUGGAACAUGGUGCCCUGAGCCCAUGCCCCACCCCCAUCCUCUCCUCCUGGGGAGGAACAUCGGCCUGGGUGAUGGAGACUGAGACAGGCUCUUGAACCCCAAGGUUCCAGAUGGAACCCCCUCUUGGAAGCCUUUUCCCUAGAAGUGUUCACGCCUCACCUGCAACCCAUUCGGUUCUCAGACUUGAUUCCCUUUGGCCUCCCAAAAAGAAGGACCUCAUUUCUUCUGGCCUCUCAUGUCGAUCAGCAUGACCCAUGAGGACUCUUCCAAAUACUCCCCCUCCCCACCCCCAAAUCCUCCGUUUGGAGCCUAAUUCACUUUGUGGUCUAGAAACUUCCAUGAAUCUCCUCUGCUUUCCUGACCUGUGUGUCCUGAUGGAAGAAGAACCCAUGGUCCUGCUUUGGUCUGAUUGCCUAUCACUGUGCAGGGGAACAGCCAUAAGGUCGCAGGACAGGAGACACUAGGCCCAUAGCCUCACCCACAGGGAAGGAGCAGAGGUCCAUUUAGGUCAAGGUGGGACCAGCCUUCCGAUUCCCAAGCUCCUGACCAGAUGUUGACCUCUGCCCUGCCCAGCAUUCUCCAGAGGUUCCACGUAGUAGGUGCUUCUAGGUGUAUGUUGAAGCAAUGAUAGUCCCCCCUUAACCUUAGAAACACCUUGUCAUCUGAUGUUCAGAAAUCUGGCUUGGUUCCAAAACCUCCUGGAAUUUCUUGGUGAUGAAAGUAUCUGGGGAAUUCCUGGAGCCUGGGAAAACUGCGUGUGAGGGAGAAAAGUGUCCUUUAUAAUACAUAAGGCGCUUCCGUGGCCUCGGGGCCUCUCUCUGGGGGUGUGGGGGAGCCAGUCCUAGGUUUUCUGUUGACCACUGGUCAAGAUUUCCCUAUCCUGCUCUGCCUCAGGAGACGGGGGCCCGGCGGGGCAGACCCACCGAGACCGCUCACAACGGGACCACUCUGGGAAUGAACUGCUCUGAGCACAGGGGAGUCAGGGGAGGGGUGGGUUGUUUUCUCCAGAUGUGUGUGUCAGUUGCAUGUGUGUUCUGUAUG